AUUAACUUCCAAAACGGACAACCAACCACGAACCGUUGAACCAAGAACACCACACUGAUCUCCCCCGGCACGCAGCGGCUUCGCGUCACCGAGGAGGAAGAAAAGCUCUACAGAGGCCCUUCCAAUGGCGAUCGCCACGCUCUCUUCAACGUCAACGCUGCUCUCCGGCGCGACCCUUUCGACCCACGCUCGCCUCCCGCUUCCCCAGGUCCCGCGGCCUCGUCCGAGCUCGCGCGCGAGAGGAGGGCGCACUUGCCCGCCGAAACUGAUGAUAAGAUUGGCCGUCGGAGACUCCCGCGGGAGGACGAGUGUCGUCACUUGCUCUGCCGCCGCAUCGUCGUCCUCGCCGCCUUCGGCUCUGCCGUCGGCUCUUCUCUUUGACUGCGACGGGGUGCUCGUGGAUACCGAGAAGGACGGCCACCGGAUCUCCUUCAAUGAUACUUUUCAAGAAAAAGAAUUGGGCGUCACCUGGGAUGUAGAUUUGUAUGGAGAACUUUUGAAAAUCGGAGGAGGAAAAGAAAGGAUGACAGCGUAUUUCAAUAAGACAGGGUGGCCUGAAAAAGCCCCAAAGAGUGAAGAGGAGAGGAAGGAAUUCAUUGCUUCUCUUCACAAGCGAAAGACAGAGUUGUUCAUGGCCCUUAUUGAAAAGAAAUUGCUGCCCCUACGACCUGGAGUUGCAAAGCUCAUUGAUCAAGCUCUAGCAAAAGGAGUACAAGUUGCUGUCUGCAGUACCUCGAAUGAGAAGGCGGUCUCUGCAAUAGUUUCGUGCUUGCUUGGGCCAGAAAGCGCAGAAAAAAUCAAGAUAUUUGCUGGAGACGUGGUUCCGCGUAAAAAGCCAGAUCCUGCCAUCUAUCUGUUGGCUGCCAGCACCUUGAGUGUUGAUCCUUCAAGUUGUGUUGUGGUUGAGGACAGCGCCAUAGGCCUCGCAGCAGCCAAAUCCGCUGGAAUGAAAUGCAUCGUGACAAAGAGCGGUUACACAGCUGAGGAGGACUUUGUAAAUGCUGAUGCGGUCUUCGAUUGCAUCGGAGAUCCUCCAGAGGAGCGCUUCGAUCUUACAUUCUGUGGAAGCCUUCUUGAGAAGCAGUAUGUUAGCUAGUCAAACUUGCUUCUCGGUCCUCUGGCCAAUUCUUUCAAUUUUCUUUUAUAUACUCUUGAAUAUAUUCUCGAGAUCCAUGAUGGUAGAGUUAUAAACCUAAAACGAAGCACAGAAGAGAAGUCCUCGAAGGGACUUCAAUUUUUAUCGCCCUUCGGUGAUCGCCCCACAAUAUGUUCGAUUCCAAAAGAUAUGAAUAAUUAAAACUGCAGGACUCCACCGUUCUGAAUA